UCGUCCUUCUCCAAUCUCCGUGUUGUUGUUCCCGGUGACGCGGCGGAGGUGUAGCCUGACGCGGGCUCUUACGUGUCGGCCAGAAUAAAAGUGGAGCUCCGGAGGCCCGGGAGCGACGAAGGGAGUUUGUAUCGCUCAGCCUAUGAAGAUGGAGGCAGCAGUGGAGGUUCAGCAGGGGGCGGAGACUGCUGUGACUGAGACGGAGAGCCAGCAGAUCACCCCGGCACAGAUUGCCACCUUGGCACAGGUAUCCAUGACAACGGGCCACGCCUCAGCAACAGGACCCACGGUAACGCUGGUACAGCUUCCCAACGGACAGACGGUUCAGGUCCACGGCGUCAUCCAGGCCGCACAGCCGUCAGUCAUCCAGUCGCCGGUCCAGGCUGUACAGAUUUCCACCAUAGCAGAGAGCGAGGACUCACAAGAGUCAGUCGACAGUGUAACUGACUCUCAGAAGCGCAGAGAGAUCCUGUCCAGACGUCCUUCUUACAGGAAAAUCCUGAAUGACCUUUCCUCAGACGCGCCGGCUGUCCCUCGUAUCGAGGAGGAAAAAGCUGAGGAAGAUUCAUCUGCUGCUGCUGCCACGCCGGCUAUCACUACCGUUACUGUUCCCACACCCAUCUACCAGACCAGCAGCGGACAAUACAUUGCAAUCACACAGGGCGGAGCCAUCCAGCUAGCUAAUAAUGGUACAGACGGAGUCCAGGGUCUCCAGACUCUGACCAUGACCAAUGCCGCUGCUGCCGCCCAGCCUGGGGCCACCAUCCUCCAGUACGCACAGACCAGCGAUGGCCAGCAGAUUUUAGUUCCCAGUAACCAGGUGGUGGUCCAAGCUGCCUCCGGUGAUGUCCAGGCCUACCAGAUUCGAGCAGCCCCCGCCAGCACCAUCGCCCCAGGGGUGGUCAUGGCCUCCUCCCCGGCCCUACCUACACAGGGCGCCACUGAGGAGGUCACCCGCAAGAGGGAGGUCCGCCUCAUGAAGAACAGAGAGGCAGCUCGUGAAUGUCGCAGGAAGAAGAAGGAGUAUGUUAAGUGUCUGGAGAACAGAGUGGCUGUCCUGGAGAACCAAAACAAGACGCUUAUUGAAGAACUCAAAGCCCUUAAAGACCUUUACUGCCAUAAAUCUGAGUAAUUCCUGUCCUCAUCGUCGAGUUGGGCCAAGUAGCAUCUCAGUUUUUUUUUUUGUUUUGUUUUGUUUUUUUCCCCUAGUACUUUGACAUUUUGUAACUGCCUGUUUGGCCUCUCCAUUUGCACAUUAUAUCCAGUUCUGCUUAUAUCACAUCUCCCUUCAGCAGGCUGCCAGUAUAUUACAUAUAUGAGGCAAAUUUUUAACCAUAUAUGGCGCACUGAAAGCAACAAUGUGGACAGAAAAUCUCUAGUCUGAAACAUUAUUAAACUACCUGUACAUGUAGGUUAAUCGGCAAAACUAGAUACAUCCCAAUAAUAAUAGUAUUUGCCUUCAACUGGACUCAAAUGUUACCUGUUAUAUGCCUGUUCAGACCCAGAUGUGGCCUCAGACGAGCUCUACCAGUUGUUUUUAAAGUAUUCGAUUGAACUGUGAAACAUUACUUGCUCUACAUUAGGUAUGAAACAUGUUUUUGGCACAUGUGGCCACUUGCAGUAUAAUGUGGACUC